AAAUUAGAGUCCGUGCAAUUGACCAAACCUCUGGUAAAAUUUGGCCAAAUAAUUUUUAAAUAUUUUACAGAGGAUGGAAGUAAAUUGAUCGCUGCUUUUCUGGAAACUGGUUUGCCAGAAUCCGUGCCAGUCGCCGAUUGUGCAGCCACCUAUCAAUUUAAUGAAUUGUCUCACGGCAACCUUUUAUUACUUACCUUGGACAAACUUUCCUCCAGUGCAAGCCUCUUGGAAUGCAUGUCUGCAGCUGGUGUUCCAUCAACUCUCGUCAAGUGCUUGUACAUUUUUCUUGACCUGCCAUGUGUUUCGAAUGCGGAUUUUCUGAAAAAUCGUAUCCACUUUCACCAGAAAUUUACUCAAUUGCUGCAGCGUGUUUGCUUAUCGUCAGUGGCGGUUGAAGAAGUGGUUAACGCGGAUGCUCUUCGACAUCUUUUCAGUGCUGCUGUUGACCCCUGUCAACCGGCCAAUGGACAUUGGCGUAAAAGCAGUUGCAUGAUUCUAACAACACUAGCUCAAAAUUGUCUGACGGCGCUUACGCUCCAGUACAUUCAUGAUGCUGGAUGUAUAAUCGACUACCUAGAGCGAUUGAGGCAAAUGCAGCUGCCCAAAACUGACUUGACAGAGGCAUUUACUUCGCUAUUUUAUAUUCUUUCCGAAUCGUCGUCGACUUCUUCACAGUUGCUGGACGACUUCCAUGCAGCCGGUGGCUAUACUUUAAUAUCGGAUUAUUUGCUCAAGUUAGUACUUGUGCCUUACCUUUCACAGUACGAAUUGGAGGAAGGCGAAGAGGCCCAGGCCUGCUGUCAGAGGCUGGUGCGCCUCCUGGGUGACCUCAUUUACAUUGGACCAAAGGAGUUGCGUCCUAAGAACGGCGCUGUUGUUGAGGUGUUCCAACUUCCUGGUUUUAAACUCAGCAUUCCCAAGGCCAAGGGUGAGGUUAUUAGGAAUAUCCGAGCGAUUGACACUCUGCAGCUAACGUUUCUUCAGGCACGAUCCGCGGGGCUUUGCAACGCCCUGCUAGAACGUGUUCGGGGUAUUCAUGAACGCGUCCCGGGCAACUACUUCAUUCUCGAUAAGCACCAUUUGAUUAGCAGCAUCAUCGAAGAAACCUUCUUCGACGUAUUUGCUUCUCUCAUUGAGAACCUGCGCUAUGUCCCACUACAGGAGAUUAAUAGUGUUGCCCUUUUACUAAGGAGUUGCAAGUACCCCCCGUGUUUACAACUCACCUUCUCCUGCCUCUUUCGCUUGGUGCUCAAGUUUCCCACCCUAAAGGAGUUCUAUCGGAACGUUGGUAUUUUGGAGGCGACUAUACAGCACCUGGAAAAGUGCGUUGACACGCUAAUCUGUCUCUUAGAUCGUCAAACUGUCUCGACUGAGCCACCCAAGGACCACAGACCAUCGAGCUAUGAUAUAUUUGGAGACAAUGGGGCAUCCAUUAACGAUGCAGAGGCUCGUCUCACCGACCUCCUUAUCACAAUUCUGCGUCUUCUUGCGGCGACCGUUUCUCAAUCCAACCCUGAUGUAGCCAUUAUCUCCAAUCUGAAGGGCAUCCAUUGUCUGCUCACAAGGCUCCUUCCUGCAUCAUCCGUGCCGAUCAAAGUAAUCAAGCAUGCUUUGGCUCUUCUUUACGAAGUGUUCGUCGUUACGCCUUCGGAAGACCAACUUCUUGGUCUCCUAGACGUUUUGCCCUCUGCUGAUAUUGGCCUUCGCUUCGAGAUAAUGUGCCUACUGUGCAACGUUCUGAGGGACUCGCAUCGGUGCAGAACUCUUUUUCGCAAAUGCAAUGGCUUCAUUCGCAUGAUUAAUCAACUGGUACUCCUGAACGGGUGUUUGUCACCCGACGACAAGGCGGCCGGCGACGCUCAACAAAAGCCAGUCGUCGACCCCGCCAAGAAACAGCGGUUGCUUCUACUAAUCAAAGGCAUCUUCGCCGUCAUCACCGUCGCAAUGAAGUUUGAGCCAGCGAGCGCAAAGCAUUUCGCUUCGGAGGUAAGUUGCGUUUUCUCAACACCGUUUUUUGCCAGUGCAGUCUUAGCAAAUCCCUGGCGAACAUUCGUUGUCAUCCAGUUUAUAAAUUCGCUAUUACAUGCAUUCGAGUUGCAAUUCGAGAGUCUGGAGCAGACCCUCCGACUUCUUGGCUGUUUUACAAAGGAGACCGUCAUUUUCGCCUCACCUACGAGUAACCAGGGUCUCCAGUGCCAGGCGUCAUCAAAUGACACUGCUGUAUCGUCGAAUAGUGACUUCCUGAGUGAAACACCCCCCGCUAUUGAUCAUACCCUGCUUGACAAAAUCCGCGUAGCCUUUAUGCAACCUGGUGCUUUAGAGGAGGUGAAAUUAGAACAGUUUGGUGACAUACCAGUGGCGCUGCUGGACGCCUGUUUGAUUUUUCGCUAUCUUAUUGGGAUGGCAAUUGAUGAAUUCGACAGCAUAGGUGUUUCGCAUUUUCGCUACUAUGUAGAAGUUAUCUCCGCUUGUAGAACGUCAUUGAAACCGCAGCAACCCACGACUGUUGCGUCACCUGAUACCCCUCCAACGGGUGAAGCCAGAGGAGGCAGUGAAGGUCGCCUCUUUGCUUCGCCCCCCUCUUUGGUGCACACCGGAGCAAUCUUAGUGAUACUCCGGCUUAUACCGGCUGUAAUCCAAGUGCCGGGUUAUCAUGCUGCCACGUUCACUUUCCAGUACUUCAGUCUGGAAUUACUCAGAGCGAUGGUAGAGUCGGAGAGAAGCCAACAGCUCCUCUGUGGUGGAAGCAUUACCGACUCCGGUCUUGGGAUCACUGGGAUGCCUAGGGCCUUGCUCACUCAUUUUCGGCCUGCUCUCGCCUGGGUCGAUCACCCCCUUCAUGCACCUGUAGCAACGCUCUUCGGUUUGCUGACAGCCCACUCCCUCACACCGAAGGACUUCCGGGACUUUCUAAGGCUAUCUGGUCAGUUUUGCAACCACCAGCAAUCGUCAUGCGGUCUUUGUACCACAGACCAAGUAAACCAGGGUGCCAGUCCGUGUAGUAAAGCCGAAGAGGCCCCCUUCUUAGAAUUGCCUGCCCUCUCAUCGAUCACCGAUCUCCUGGAGGAGACAGUCUGGCGCCAGCGAAGUGGUGCUGCUGGUCCUCGUGCCGAGUCUUGCCUACCCUCUUUUGUCGAAUUCGACAUGUCGGUUGAGGGAUUCGGGUGUCUGUUCCUGCCUUCCCUCGCUCCACAACGUGUCACGGCGACACCCGGGGGUGGUGGUGGUUCGUUUGUCUCGUUUGUUGGCGAUGGGGCCCUCUCUGGUGGGAGCUCCACGUGUGUCGGAGGCGUUGGAGUUGGUGAACGGGUUUUUCCGCCAACCGGUGGCAUCACCUUCUGCUCCUGGGUGUGCGUUGACGAUUUUGGAACAAGUUCAACGCAACUCUCGGGCUGCCAGAUCCCCCAUCCAGUGCGUCUACUGACAGUCUUCAGGGGAGUUCAGGGCACCAACGAACAGCUCAUCUACGGAAGUCAGCAGCUCUCCAAGACGCGGUCAUUGGAUGCAAGCGACCUGCUUGGUGAGGAUGUCUAUACGAUUGUUUUUCCUUCCCAGAACCCACGUCUCUCCGACUCAUCGCCAUGGUCUGUCAACACCUGGCGCCAUGUCGUCCUUGUGUUUGCCCGCGCCAGUGUUUUGAGGAACAGCCUGUGCACUCUCUACCUAGACGGUUCACUGAUUAGCACACAAAAGAUCUUAUUUGCCCCACCGGGUUCGGGCUCAAUCAGCACUUCGGUUUGCGCGUUCGUGGGCACCGCGCCCUGCCAGUACCAGCCCUGCAGUCUGCGCUGGCGCCAGGGCCCCUUCCAGCUGAUCGAGGAGCCACUCACGGCCGGGCAGGUCGCCUUGAUUGCCGCCCUCGGGCCAGAGUACGUCGGCAGCCUCCAGGCCCCCCCGGUGCCCCCUGGUAGGUCUCAAGGUCUUUCGUGUGCCACUUUGUGUUGCCUCUACUUUUCCACGUCAAUUUUGAGGUCUCUUUCAUUCCCCACCUGUGGCUCUAGCCUUAGUGUACCAGCCUUAUUCCUUUUAGAUGGCAAAAAUAUCCUCCAGCCGCUGUUCUCGGAAGAGAAAUUGAGUUUCGCCGCGUGUGGAAGUACCUCAGUGACACUCACAAUCAAUCGUAUUCGUCGUGUUUACAACGCCACAGAUGCGGCACUGAUUUCCAAAGUGGUAAUCAUUUGCUUUGUGCUAUUCGACCUGCACAUGCCACUGCGUGAGAAUCUGACACCCAUCCGCAUUUUGCGCAACACCGCCGCCCAGUUGGCCGGUCCCUCGCGCUCCCUCGGCGCUGUGCUGGUGGGCUACCAGGGUGUGCGGGUUUUCAGCCCUCGCCCACUAGCCUCCCUCCUAGCGUCUGUUGCCAACCCCGCUGGUCUCCUACUCUCCUUCCUCGCACUCUCGAACUCCCAAGAACAAUUGAAGAAGUCGCUGCAGGCGGUCUUUUGUGUAAUUGACUCGAGCCAAGUCAUUGCUUCUGAGAUUCAUCGCAUUCAGGGCUACGAGUUAAUGGCCGGGAUUCUUCGAAGGAAAAGUCAAUUCCUAAAUGAGGACGUUGUUGACCUUGUCAUGAAGCAUGCCUUCUACCAAAUGGCUCCCAGACUACCCCAUGAAGCCAUGGUGCACGUAUCUGCAGAUUUGGGUAACAAGUACAGGGUGAAUGAAGAUGUUUUCCGUGAUCUCCUGUGCGAUUUGAAGUUGUGGCUGCGCAGGCCUCUUGGUAGUGAAAGUGAAUCGGCCGACUAUGGUCUGGUCGCCUAUCUCCUAGAUCGCUUGGCCUCCCAUUUCACGUGGCUUUGUGGAGGUCAUUCUGACCACCAAAAUCAGAAGUCCUCCAAUGAGCCUGAUGAGGUAAAGUCGUCGAACCUGACUCCUGAGGCCUCUAAAGCGUUGGUGGAGAAGGUGGCCAAGGUGUUCAGUAAUUGCCUCUUUGACAACCUCACAUUUUUGCUCAUUGAUGCCGUCACUGAAGUAGCUGGUGCUGAAGCAGAAGCUGUUCACUUUGUCGAAUUGGUGGUGGCCUCUAUGCGAGUCUUUGGCAUUAUUCUCCUCUCUAACCCGACGUAUGGUGUAAUUCAAUUGUUGUGCAAUCAAUUAGUGACCGUCCUGGGAUUCGACUGGUUCCACCUCUUCCUCUCGCCGUCAGUCCACGAUGCCAGUGCGGCGCACGCAUUAAGAGCGUUUUGUUUGGCCCUUCUGACAUUUACUGGGAGUGAUUUGAAUGAGGCCGAGUUCGAUUCGGCGGAGUUUCCAGGUCUGGUUGCCUUUCGGAAGGACCUCUUCGCCGCCGGAUGGAUGCGCGCCUCCACGAAGCGCGGGCAGUUGGGAAGCAGCAGCGGGGCGUUGCCAUUGGCUGCAACUCGAUUCACAUCCGCUUCGGAUGCGCCCAAACCCCGUUUGGAUGAUGAACAAAUGGGCAAAAUCAGUGGAUUUCUCGCUCUCUCGGCCCUGCUGGUGAAUAAUGCCGGAAUGCCCGAGGUUUAUGUCAUGUUGAUAAAUCUUCUGUUGGGCGUUCGAACCCCCUACAUUCCUACCUCAACAUUUUCUUUUGAUGAUCUCUACAACUAUUUGGCCCAUGUGAUAUCUUCACAAAAUAAUGAAUAUGGUCUCUGCGAAGAAACCGUUCCCCCGGCUAGCUUCUUUGCUCAGAAAAUUCCUCUGCAUCCAGCAGGCGUGGUUAACGGCGUCGCGGAUUUUGCAGCGGCCACCGAGCCAAACGCCGCCCCGCCAAUGCCUCAGACGAUGCACAAUUCCAACCUCUUUGACUCGGUAGCCUGCCCUGAAGCGGCUACUGUCAUCAUCUCGAUCCUAUCAGCUCUAAUGCGCUCUUCUACAUCAUCGCCCUCGGUUGCGGCUCAGCACAUGCCAGUUGUCUUACUGCAGCUUUUUUCAUACCUCUAUCAAUCAAACUUUGGUUUCCAGCGGAUCUGUCUGUCUCCUGAGUUUCUUACAGGCUUGAUUGAUUUACUUGUCAUUAGCGGUGUCUGUCAAUCGGCCCAAGCCAAGGGUACUGCCGAAGUAAGUCUGGUGGCAAUGUGCACAGCUGUUGGGCGAGUGAGGCAUGAAGAUGGAGCCUGUGAAAUUUCUUGGCGGCGGCUAGAUGAACUGUUGUUGAGUUUUCUGCGGACGAUUGUUGUGGACAGUUUUUCUCUCCCUCCGACCGCUCACCGCCCGGUCCAUGUUGUCGAUACGGUUUUGGAGGUAAAUGACGAAUUUCUCUUUGCCAAUCACAACAGCAUUUCCCACUUCCCAACUCGUCCUUCAACUCUGUUGUUCCAGCACCUAUCAGAACACAGUAGCUGUUCCUCAAAGCAGCAGCACGAGAUUCAGACGGUUUUGAUGCGGAAUCUGAUGGAGUACAUUCUGGCGAAGGAUCUCCUCGCAGACUCCUGCCUUCUCCUUCCUUCCAAAGGCCACGCUCAACACGUUCCGCAGAACCUUGCUUAUUUUGCCUGUCGCCUAGUCGAUAAACUCUGGCAGGGAUGCUUCCUGGGUCCCAUAAGCGAAAUAAUCGACUUUAUAACCCAGCUCAUUAACAUGAUCGAGCAGCACCUUCAGGCGAAUUCCAGACAGUUGGGCUCUCCGCGCCAUUACUUUAUUCAAUCACAUCUUGCCGCCUCACAAGCAGCGGAUCCUAGCCUUGCGCUGUCCCGAGCCUCUCUCUAUCGCAGUCUCAACCGUUCUAUUCUCUUCCAACUGUCUCGUCCAGUGCUGAAGCAGAAAGACCAGAAGCUUGCAAUUUCCAUGUUACAGUUGCUGCUCUCUGAUGAGGCUCCAUUGAACGGCUUGGUCUUCUCUUCUUUCAAUUCAGCUGAUACUGAGUUCCCAGUGUGUCUGGCACACCUUUUGAUUCAGCACGUCCAAAGAAACCAGACGGAGGCCGGCUACGACACCUACAACCCAUCCACGGUGCGCAACGAAAUGGUGGAGGUCGAAACACCCAACACGGGUCUGUAUAGAACCGUGUUUGACUUGGAGGACUUUGAGACGGAUGAGGAGGAGAGGUCACCUCCGGCGAGCGUUCCGAAAGAAAACGAAAAACCCUUGGCGAAUGACGAUUUGCCUGCACAACAAGAAGAAUUCGAGCAGUUGUCAGGGUUGGCCCUUAAGCUUUGGGAACACUGCUAUAUGUGGAAUCAAAAGGUUUUCGUCGCUCUGCUACCAGAUUCUCAACUCCCUCACUUAGCAGCGAUCCCCUCUUUGAUUGAGUGGGCAGGUGCACUCGAAGGUCCCUGCAUAAUGAAAUGGACGGCGUAUGUGGACUCCGAGGCUGCCGGUUGCGGCGGAAUCGUGUCCCAAAGUGCCGCAUCUAGUCCGUCUCUGCAGUGGGGUCUUCUCUCAAUGUAUGGGCCCUCCACCAUCGAAAGACAACUUGAGUCCACCAACAACAAGGUCACUGGAACCCCUUCAACUUCGUCCACAGACCAAUCACCGCCCCACAUUCUGCGUUCUGGAAGUGGUCUCUCACAUCGGAUAUCGAAGAAGCUCGGCCGAGUGAGUGCAAGUGUGCUGAGAAUGGCCUCAAGCGCCAGCGGCAAUAGUGGAAGCAUUUCAGCAGUCACUGAAGUUAGUUCAGCCAAAGCUGCUGCCCUGCGUAAACAGGGGCGACAAUUCAGCAUCGUAGAUAGUGAAUGGACCGGUGCUGUGUCAAAAGAUACUGUCAGCAGUGGCUGUAGCGAUGCCGAAUGGGUUCUUGUGCCUCGAAUACCCAUUGGACUACCUCUUUUAACCAAACGCUCCACUACUUUUUCUACGCUGAAGCGACUCAGUACUCGCGUGAAGAAUCCUAUCACGCUCAUCAUUGAAUCGCUAGAAUGGAGCAAGCAAAGUCAGGAAAGAAACACAACCUUCCUCUGCCGCCAGGUCGAAAUUGAGUGGAACAAAUUGGAGGACGAGUUGACUCAGGAGCGUUCAAUCUGGGGCCCCAUGUGCGCGGAUGACGAAUUGGCUAGAUGGGAGCUCGACCCAACUGAGGGGCCCUGCCGGAUGCGCAAACGAAUGCUGCCCAAUCCGAACUUUUACCGACACUACCCCACAAUCAACCGACUCUCUAACGACGAGGAAACCACGAAUUCUUCCGCUCCUGAGGAACCCGGUAACGAACAGAUGUCUUCUGCUGCAAUGAAGCGAGGCUACAGGCCACCACAAAGCCUAGGCUGCGUGUUUCGUCACCGUAGGAGACGCUUGUUACGAGGACCCGAAGCUCUGAUAAGGCCCAAAGAAGAGGUUAAAUCGUCUACGGAAGCGUCAGCUCUCCCACAAAUGCCAGCUAGUAAUGACGUUUGCAUCAGCGAUGAUUUGGCCUUUCCUGAUAUUGGUGAAUCUGAGGAUACAUUACUUCGUACUAGCCGCCUACUUCGUGAUAGCAAAAUCGUCGCGUCUCGUGUUGCCAGUUUCGCGGAUACCGUCGCUGACCCGUUUUGCGAUGCUUCAACAACUUCGGCGAUUUCCCUCGAAGAGGACACAGAGAACGACACCAGCCCCCAUUCCUCCCAGGAGUCCCUUGAUCCCGGUCCAGAUGAUCCUGCUGCGCCGUUACCACCACCCACACCCCCAGCAAGCGGCAAGUCUACAAAGCAGCCGCUCACUCGUGCUCCAUCUAAGCCUUCUUCCGAAGGCAGCUCAACAGCUCUCGAUCAGCUCACGGGCCACAUCGCCUUCAUGCGUCUUCUCGAGCCGGGCGAGAGCCUGUCUUCCAUCUACCGAUGUGCCCGAAUCUGCGGUCUUGAUGUACAUGAGGGACUGCUGCUUUUUGGGAAGGAUCACUUUUACGUUAUAGAUGGUUACACCCUGAUGAACACUCACGAGAUAGUCAACAUCGAGGCGUUGCCACCGGGCAUGCAGCACAAACCCAUUGUGCCCACUGGCACAGACACUGCAACACACACUGAGGGGAGCAAAAUUUUGAGAAAACAGAGUCACGGGUUGUCCUACACCUCAGACCUGGCCAGCUCUGGGGCAGUGGAUCAGAUUUUGGGCAAUCAAUACUUCAAGUUUGCCUACGAUAAGAUCCGCGAAGUUCAUCGUCGCCGUUAUUUGCUUCAACAGACAGCAUUGGAAGUGUUCAACGCCGAUGGUCGGAAUUUCCUCCUCGUCUUCGCCAAGGAUUUCCAGGGCAAAGUCUUUGAAUGUUUCACAUCGGCUUCUUCAGCCAUCAAUACGAAUCGCUUCACGUCUCUUUACUCGGCGAGAACCACCUCACAUUUACUGAGUAGCUUGCUUGGAGAAAAGACAGUGACUCAACGUUGGGUGCGUGGCGAAAUAAGCAAUUUUCAGUACUUGAUGUACUUGAACACUCAAGCUGGUCGCUCCUACAAUGAUCUCAUGCAGUACCCUGUGUUCCCUUGGGUGGUGGCUGACUACACCUCCCUUGAACUCGACCUCACGCGUCCCUCCACUUUUCGCGAUUUUACAAAGCCCAUGGGUGCUCAAACUCCUGGCCGGCUGGCCCAGUUCCAGCGUCGCUUUAAGGAGUGGGACGAUCCGACUGGCGAGACCCCACCGUACCACUACGGGACACACUACUCCUCCGCCAUGAUUGUGGCCUCGUACCUCGUGCGCAUGGAGCCUUUUGCACAGCACUUCAUCAAGCUGCAGGGCGGCCACUUUGACCUACCCGACCGGAUGUUCCACAGCGUUGCGGAGGCCUGGCUCAGUGCAAGCCAACACAACAUGGCGGAUGUGCGGGAACUCAUACCCGAGUUCUUCUACCUGCCUGAUUUCCUGGUGAAUUCCAACCGCUUCGACUUUGGGCGCAAGCAGAAUGGUCUUCGUGUCGACGACGUCAUUCUGCCGCCCUGGGCUAAGGGGGAUCCGCGCGAAUUCAUCCGCCAGCAUCGAGAGGCUUUGGAAAGCGAGUACGUCUCGACCAACCUCCACCAUUGGAUAGACCUCAUUUUCGGCUACAAGCAACGCGGAGAGCCAGCCGUGCAUGCAGUCAACGUUUUUCAUCACCUCUUCUAUGAGGGAAACGUGGACAUUUAUGCCAUCGACGAUCCAGUGAAACGACGCGCUGUAGUCGGUUUUAUCAAUAACUUUGGUCAGAUUCCUCGUCAGAUCUUUCGCAAGCCACAUCCCGCAAAGAAAACGCUUAGCCUCCCCCCUCCUCCUCCUAAUCUCGGUAUCAGUGGCAACAUGAAUGCCAGCGGUCUGCUUCUGCCAGAUUCACGAACAAAUGUCUCCCCUGCCUCGUCCGGCUUAUUCUUUCACAACUUGGGUGUUCUGAAGCCCAGCGUGGGGGCCGUCAAAGGUUGGUUACCAAUUUUCCCUCUUAGACACUCUAAUAGCUCAUCUGCACCGGUCUUUACCCAAACGCUCACUGGUGUUUUCUCGCUUGCCCACAAACUCCUCCCCCUUAUUUCGCUCACCAAAUACCUGACAAAACUCCGCCACGCCGUCGGCCAAAUACUCCAACUAGAACCGGGCAACCUGAAAGGCUUCUCCAGUGGAGGCGGCGGUGGUGGCGGCUUCGGCAACUCAGCGCUCGGUGGUGCCACGGAGGGCCUCUCCACCCUGAUACUGCCACCGGGGGGUUUCUUUGGAAUUGGUGGAAGUUCCGUUGGAGAUUCAGCCUCAGGCCCUACCGGCGUCGCUGCCGGACCUAUCGUCGUUGUCGAACAGAACAUGGUUCUAUUGCCCCCAACUUUCACACGUUACCUUGCUUGGGGUUACCCAGACGAUAGUUUUCGCAUCUGCAGCCUUGUUGGCGACAAAGUGCUGCAGGUGUUCGAGAUGGUUAACUCCAGCCAAGUCCUUUGUGCUGCUGCUCCAAACGCCUCUACAAUUGUCACCGCUGGCAUGACCGGUGUGGUCAAGGUCUGGCAGAUCAGCAGCCAAAGUGGUGAACAAGGUAAGCCGUUUUCCCCGACCGACUGGAACCACUCUGACUCCAAUGCGACUGGAGUGGUCUUCGGCACCACUCCAAGUAGCCUGCAGCUUGCUGGUUGCUUGUACGGCCACACCGACGUGGUUACCUGCUUGGCAGCGUCAGAUAGUUUCAAUCUGAUUGUUAGCGGGAGUCGGGACUGCACUUGCAUUAUCUGGGACCUUCGCUAUCUGAUUUUCCUGCGCCAGUUGGGAGGCAGCGUUGCUUAUAAGGCGCCCGUUGCGGCUGUCUGUAUAAGCGAGGCCACUGGUGAUAUUGCGGUGUGUGCUGGCGCCUGGUUGUAUCUCUGGAGCAUCACAGGCGAGCUGAUUGCCUGCCUCAACACUGCGCCCGAUCAAAAUAAUCAAAUCUACUGCGUUGCUAUGAGCACUCUCUGUGACUGGGACCCCGGUCAUGUGAUCAUAACCGGUGGCUCAGACGGGGUUGUCCGGUUAUGGGGACUGGAUUAUGUCCGUGAGGAGUCGCCAGACAGCUCAACCUCAAAGGUAAGAUGCUACACUCAUCAACGCUUUUUCCCCAUCCCCAACUCCCUCGUUGUGUCAGGUGAAAACAACGAACAAAAACGAUGGCGCCGUCAGUUGAGCCUUCGCGCUGACCUGACGAUGCACACGGCCUUCGAUCGCUCCGAGAGCUCGCCUUCAGUGCCUCUCAUGGCUAUCGCGAUAUCACGUGAUCACAGAUCGGUACUGGUGGGGGACGCCAAAGGUCGGGUUUUCGCCUGGUCAGUACCGGGUGGAGGAGGAGGAGGCAGUGGUAACACCGCAUCGGGCUCAGAUGGAGGUGCACUUACGGACUCUCAAUGGACCCGAGAGGAACCCGCCGUCUCUGCUUGCGCUGCUCCCGCUUGUGGAACGCGUUUCUCCCUAACAGAACGCAAGCAUCACUGUCGCAAUUGUGGUAGGGCGUUUUGUUCGAGAUGCAGCCGCUUUGAGAGCGAAAUUCAUCCACUCCGCAUAUUCCGGCCAGUUCGGGUCUGCACGGACUGCUAUGCUCUGCUGCGGGAGCAACAAGGUCCAGCUGGCAACUAA